AUGUUUUCCAAAGCCAUCAUUCUUUUCUGCGCUCAAGUAAUUUUCGUGCAGACGAUCUCUGCCUACUGCCUAGGCAACGGACUGGCCUACGAAGCUCCUCUGGCUGCCGCUGCUCCCUGCGCGGCCGCCGCUACUCCUUGCGGAGGUUUAGGCUGGGCUGGUUACGGUGCCGGCUGCGGUCUAGCUGCCAUCCCCACAACCAGCGGAGGGGGUUUCCCUGUCUCCAGUGCUUCCCCCAUUCCACCCGUUGGUGUAUCCGUUCUCUCUGAGAACGAGAUCGCAGGUAUCUUGGCUGUCGGUGGUGAACUACCUUUCCUGGGUACCGUUGGUCUAGAGGGUGUACUUCCAACUGCUGGUGCUGGUGCCGUCUCUUAUGGCUGCGGCAAUGGUGCCGUAGGAAUAGUGAGCGAAGACAUCGCCCCUGCGUGGGGCUACCCUGCAGCUGCUGGCUUAGCGUAUGGACCAGGUCUUGCUGCAGGAAUCGGCUACGGUCCCGCUAUUGGUGGACGUCCCUUCGGCAGCUGCGGAUGCGGUAUCUACUAA